AUUGUAUCCUCGUCUUAUCUCAACUCUGAUAACAUUGAUGCAGUAAUAAUAUUAUAUUAGGAAAAACGAGUAUGGACCCCGAGGAUGAGAUCGAAGGGUUCAGGGUGGUUGUAGAAUCUUUAAAAAAUCUUGGAGUAAAAUACAUUUUUGGAGUUGUUGGAAUUCCAGUUGUCGAGAUAGGAGUAGCAGCUCAGCAGAUUGGAAUCCAAUAUGUUGGGAUGAGAAACGAACAAGCUGCUUGCUAUGCUGCUCAAGCUAUAGGAUACCUAACAGGCUGGCCAGCUGCUUGUCUAGCUGUUUCUGGACCAGGAGUUCUUCACUGUAUCGCUGGUCUUGCUAAUGCUAAGGAGAAUUGUUGGCCUAUGAUUCUUAUUGGUGGAUCUAGUGAAACAAGGCAGGAGGGAGUUGGGGCUUUUCAAGAGUGGCCUCAAAUAGAAUCAGUCAGGGUGAGUACAAAGUACUGUGGACGUCCGGCUCAGGUUGACCUCAUCCCUCGCCAGCUUGAGAGAGCGGUCAGAACAUCAGUGUAUGGACGUCCUGGACCUUGCUAUAUUGAUCUUCCAGGUGAUAUGUUGAAUAUGAGAGUCAAGUACAAAGAUGUUUACUUCAAUCCUUUGCCUCCUCCACCUCCAAAGAUGCUUCCUGAAGAUAGAAAUAUGAUGGAGGCCAUUGAACUUCUUAAGUCUGCAAAAAGACCGCUCAUAAUAAUUGGAAAGGGAGCAGCAUAUGGUCGGGCUGAGAUGGAGUUGAGAGCCUUAACCCGGGAGCUAAAUAUCCCAGUUCUUCCAACACCUAUGGGUAAAGGAGUUAUUCCUGAUGACUCCGACUUGGUGAUUAGCGCAGCAAGAUCUAAAGUUUUAGAGGAGGCUGAUGUUGUUCUACUGGUUGGAGCAAGGUUAAACUGGAUGCUACACUUUGGCACACCACCAAGAUGGUCAUCAACUGUUAAAGUAAUCCAGAUGGAUAUCUGCGCAGAGGAAAUGCAUAAUUCUAUACAUUCAUCUGUAGCUCUUCAAGGAGAUAUUCAGGUUACUACUGCUCGCUUAAAUAUUCUAAAAGGAAACUUCAAAUUCAGCAAUUCUUCCCCCUGGUGGAUAGAGUUAAGAAAGAAAUGUAGAGAAAAUGGUGCCUCUACGCAUGAACUCUGCAUGGAUGAGACUGUUCCCCUGAACUACUACGCGGCAUUCAACCAGUUUUCCCAAACCAUACCAGACAGUACAUACAUAGUCAGUGAAGGAGCAAAUACAAUGGAUAUUGGACGAACUAUGCUGAAAAAUAACCUUCCUAGGCACAGGUUGGAUGCUGGUACCUUCGGAACCAUGGGAGUAGGACUAGGGUUUGCUAUUGCAACAGCACUUUAUGCUAGAGAUAACGACCCUGGAGCUAGGGUUCUUUGUGUCGAAGGAGACUCAGCUUUUGGAUUUUCUGGUAUGGAAAUAGAAACCAUUGCAAGAUAUAAUUUGCCUAUAGUUAUUGUAAUUAUCAACAACAGUGGAAUCUACUCUGGCUUUGACAAGGAGUUAUACAGUGAGUUGGUUUCUGAUGAGAACAUAUGUAUUGCUUCUCCUCCUACCUCCCUUCUACCUGGAGUUCAGUAUGAGAAGAUGAUGGAUAUGGUUGGGAUGACAGGAGUAACAUGCUCUAAACCUCAGGAGAUCAAAACUGCUGUCAAAAAUGCUCUAGCUGUGAAUCGAGCCACUAUUAUCAAUAUUAUGAUAAAUCCUAUGGCCGGAAGGAAAGCACAGCAACAUGAAUGGUUGACUAAAUCUAAAUUAUAAAUUAGUUUAUACAGGGUUAGAUAAUAAACAUUGAAAUUACUUAA